CGAGAUUCCGGGUUCUAAAAACCCGCGCAGAGCUCUUAAGUUCCCCAGAUCUCUAGAUAUGAACGAUGGCGCCGCGCACGCUGCUCCUGCUGCUGGCGGCCGCCCUGGCCCUGACCCAGACCCGCGCGGGCUCACACUCGCACUCGCUGCGUUAUUUCGGCACUGCCAUGACCCAACCGGGACACAGGGAACCACGGUUCGUCGCCUUCGGGUUCGUGGACGACACGCGGUUUGUGUGGUUCGACAGCGAUGCGAUGACCCCUAGAGAGGAGCCUCGGGCGCCGUGGAUGGAGGAGAAACGGCCCGAGUACUGGGAGCGGCAGACUCGGAUCGCCAAGGCUAACGCGCAGAUUUUCCGUGAAAAUCUGAGGACCCUGCUGCGCUACUACAACCAGAGCGAAGCAGGGUACCACACCAUCCAGUCCAUGCGUGGGUGCUAUAUGGGCAGUGAUGGGCGCUUCCUCAGCGGAUACUACCGGACGGCCUAUGAUGGCGCCGACCACAUUUCUCUGAACGAGGACCUCCAUUCCUGGACUGCGGCAAACAAGGUGGCUCUGAUUACCCAGCGCAAAUAUGAGGCGACGAAUGAGGCAGAGCACCACAGGGCCUACCUGAAAGUUACAUGCAUGGAGUGGCUCCGCAGCCAUCUGGAGAAGGGAAGAGAGGUACUGCAACGUGCAGAUCCCCCAAAGACACGUGUGACCUAUCAUCCCAGACCUGAAGGCGACAUCACCCUGAGGUGCUGGGCCCUGGGCUUCUACCCUGCUGACAUCACCCUGACCUGGCAGAGAGAUGGGAAGGAACAGACCCAGGACAUGGAACUUGUGGAGACCAGGCCUUCAGGGGAUGGAACCUUCCAGAAGUGGGCAGCUGUGGUGGUGCCUUCUGGGGAGGAGCAGAGAUACACAUGCCAUGUGUACCAUGAGGGGCUGCCUGAGCCUCUGACCCUGAGAUGGGCUCCACCUCUUCAGCACAUGGACCCCAUUGUGGGAGUCACUGCUGGCCUGCUUCUCCUUGGAGCUGUGGUCAUUGCUGUGGUGAGGAGAAAGGUACCAAGGAGGAAAGCAUAACACUGGAACUGACCACACAAAGGUGAACACAUACACAACAUACUAUGUCAUGGGGAGCCCUGACUUCUCUUUCUGCAACUGGCAUCUGACUAUGUCCAUCUGUGUGAGAUUCUGACAGCAAAAUGUGAGUCUGUUCAAGCUGGGAUUAGGAUUCUCCAUCUGUCUAGAACAGCAUCAAGACAUGAAUCUGUUUGGAAUUCUUACCCCAGGCUUGGUUGAUGGCUUAGGGUACAGCAAGUUGCUUCAAACUUGGGAGAGGAAAUAAAAUUUGAGAACAUUCCAGAAUCUACCUCUGCUGUAUGGGUCUGUUUCAGGUUGGGAGAGAAGACUGGAGAUCUAACACGGAUGGGGCUGUUGGCCCAUCUUGUGCUCAGCCACUGUAGACUUCACCUGGGUCAUCUUUGCUUCUCCCACCCGAACGUUUGAUCACAAGGUCCCUGCUAUGGCCCUGGGCCUCAUCCUGUUUGUAGGGCUAUACAGUGAAGACAGUAUGUGGCAGGGCAGCCUGGCAUUAGGCCUAAUUUCAACCUUCAGCCCCCAAUGUAUGUGUUUCUUAUUCCUGUGUAAGUCUUGGCCCCGUCCUUCCAGAUGUCCCUUUUUCUUGACAGCAGCAGGUGUUUUUGUCAGGCAUUGCCUGCUGUCUCCAGUCUUACGCACCAACUUUCAUCGAGGCUCACUUCUUAGCUUCCUUCUUUCUACAGCCUUUAUGAAGGAACUGAAUUCCGGAGUUAGCAAAGGCGGCUCUACCGGCCGCUCAUCACCUGACAUGAGUUCCUGCUGCCACUCUUCUGUCUACUCAGCUACUCUUCUCCCUGCCCUCAGCCCAAGCAACCCUAACCUUAUAUGCAGCCUCAAGAAUUUAUGAAAGAGUCUAAUUUAGAUUUUUCCUUGGUUGGAAAAUAUGACCAUUUACACUCUUCUAAGCCAUCUACUUGGGUGCUGCUGCAGGUUGCAGAAGGGCUGGAGAAAUAGGGAACAGCCCAGGCCAUGAGCUCAGUGUGAGGACUGAGCAAGAACAUUUGCUCUGAAGCCCCAUGGUUAGAGCUACUAAAUAGGGUGGUGUUGCACAUUGACCAGUCACUGAACAGCACAGGCAUCUCUCCUGCUGUUGGGGUUUCACUCUAUUGCAU